UGGGGAGGGUUUCCUGGACAGAGGUCCUUGUGGCCACAGCCUUAAUACGUGCAACCCCAGCUGCAGCAGCUGCUGCUUUUGGACCCAGGCACUGCAGGCAGCAGCAGCAAUAUGGAACUCUGGGGCACCUACUUGAUCCUCUGCCUCUUCUCUCUCCUGCCCCACAUCUUUGCAGAGUCACCCACUCCCAAGACCAAGAAGGUUGCAAAUGCCAAGAAAGAUGUGGUGAGCUCAAAGAUGUUUGAGGAGCUCAAGAGCCGGCUGGACAGCCUAGCCCAGGAGGUGGCCCUGCUGAAGGAGCAGCAGGCUUUGCAGACAGUGUGCCUGAAGGGCACUAAGGUGCAUAUGAAGUGCUUCCUGGCCUUCACCCAACCGAAAACCUUCCACGAGGCCAGCGAGGACUGUAUCUCGCGCGGGGGCACGCUGGGCACGCCGCAGUCGGGGCUGGAGAACGAGGCGCUGUACGAGUACGCGCGCCAGAGCGCGGGCAGCGAGGCGGAGAUCUGGCUGGGCUUCAACGACAUGGCCACGGAGGGAACCUGGGUGGAUAUGACCGGCGGCCGCCUGGCCUACAAGAACUGGGAGACGGAGAUCACUGCGCAGCCCGACGGCGGCAAGGCAGAGAACUGCGCCGCCCUGGCCGGCGCGGCCAACGGCAAGUGGUUCGACAAGCGCUGCCGCGACCAGCUGCCCUACAUCUGCCAGUUCGCCAUUGUGUAGCCAGAUGGAGGGCGGGGCUGGGGCAGGGCUAGUGGGGGCGGGGUCAGGAUUGGGGGAGGAGGAGCCUGGGUCCAAGGGAAGUGGGGCUGUUGGGCUGGGUGUAGGUGGGGUGUGGUGGCUACUGGGGAGGGGAGGCCUGGUGGAGGGUCCAGAGGAAGGCAAGGAGACCUUUUUGACUGGGUCCCACCUCUUGCCUGGUUUUUGCAAAUAAAGUUGGUGCAGAGCACCUGAAGUCUGCUGGUUGGCCGGGCAGGGAGAUUACAGGAGAGGCCAGAAGAGCCCUGGGCGCACCGGUUGGGAGUGGGUUCCAACGAGAGGACGAGGGAGGAUCGGGUGUGGAGUGGAGGGUGGUGAGAGAACGGUGGUAGAGAGCCCUGGCGCUGCCUGCGUUCUUUUUCUUUUGGCUUAUUUUAACAUAGAAAAAUUGCAAGAAAUUCGGAUUCGCCAAAUAUUGUUUUUGUGUAUUUGUUGCUUUCUCCUUUCUUUUACUUUUGUUUUUAAUAUUUUUUGGUUGAUUUUAUUUUAUGAGUGUUAAGCCUGCAUAUUUGUAGUCCCAGCAAACAUCUAGUGUGUCUGCUCAUGUGCUUGUCGUGGUGUGGAAGCUAGGGGAUACCUUGCAGGAGUUGCUUCUCUCCUUCCACCAUUCAGGUCCCAGGGGAUCAAAUUCAAAUCGUCAGAUUCCUUUACCUGGGGAGUCAUGCUGGUCCCCUUUUGUUUUUUUUCCUCUCUCACUGUGUAGCUCUGGCCAGCCUGGAACUCAUUGUGUAGACCAGGCUAUCCUCAGACUCACAGAGAUCCACUUGCUUCUGCCUCCUGAGUGCUGGGAUUGAAGACAUGUGCCACUACAUCCUGCCCCUUUAACAAUAAAUGUUCAUUCGAUCUCCUUUUCCUUCCAUGCUGCACUGUAAGCAUCCUGAAAGCAAGGGUGUUUCUUACACAUGUGCAGCAGUUAUGGAAGUCAAGAAAUUACAGGCUUUUUCCAGAGUUCACUUCCUUGAUACACACAUACACCCCAAUUCCAGAGGAGGGGUAUAUCCCUAUCCCUUCUCCCAUUGGAGAACUAUUUGAGGAUGCUCUGACAUGCAGGAGCCUGCUGUGGGAUAGAGGAGGAACAGGGUGCUAAGACCACCCAAGGAGAUUGAUCAAUGCUGGGGGCUGAUCCAGAAGCUAGAUAUGACAGUUGCCAACACUGCCUGGCCAUUGUGCCACCCCCCACUCUUCACUGAGAGCCAGCCAGGGGGUCCACACUGCUCCAAGUCAACACAGCAUGUCACUGAGUCCACCAUAUUGCAGGGACUUUGAGAAAACAUUUUUUGGGGGGUGUAUUUUUAUUU